CAUCUAGCAUGCUAAAACGUGGAGAUGAUGAUAUGUGUGUUUUGCUUCUCAAAAUAUUCGCGAUAUCACUCUCUUCAGCGUGUUACCCUGCUGCCUGGAAAACUACACAUACCAUUCCCAAAAUUAAAAAAAGGACCUGAAGCAAACGUUGAAAAUUACCGGCUUAUAAACAUAACUUCAGUGGUAUCCAGAGUGAUGGAAAAAGUAGUUAAGGCGGCUGUAGUCCAACAUCUACUAACUAAUAAUCUCAUCUCGACCUCCCAGCAUGGAUUUCUUAGGUCCAGAUCAUGCGAUACAUGCCCAGUAGACUACCUGAAUGAUAUAACUCUGAAACGAGACAGCGGACUCCUUGUAUCAGUCCUAUUCCUAGACUUUAAGAAAGCCUUUGAUAAGGUCCCACACAAAAGGCUACUCGUCAAACUAAAGUCCUUCGGAAUACACAACCCACUGUACUCAUGGUUUGCUUCGUUCUUAACAGAACGUAAACAGAUGGUAAAGUGCAAUGACUGUCUCUCGUCCCUUAGACCAAUCACCAGUGGAGUCAUCCAGGGAAGCGAAUUAGGUCCACUUUUGUUUCUUAUGUAUAUAAACGAUAUAUGUAACACCAUAGAAUUUGGGAAACCAUACUCAUAUGCUGAUGAUCUCAAAAUAGUAUACAGCUAUAAGCCUGAGACACUAAGCGAAAGUGUAUCCCAGAUCGAAAAGGACCUCAAUAACUUAGCUACCUGGAGUGAAAAAUGUCACUUACCAUUUAACCUCAACAAAUGCGGGAUCAUGCACUUUGGAAAGCAUCCCUAUAAACCGCAACUUCACUUAAAUGAAUGUAGAGUCCAAACACUCGAAUCAGUACACGAUUUAGGAAUUAAUUACACAGGAAGCCUGAACUUUGAAGAAAAUGCCUCCCCUAUUAUUUCUAAAUCUAGACGGCCAAUUAGUUUUAUAAUAAAAAAAUUUUUCACAACAGAGGGUAAACUUACUCUCUACAAAAUUUAUGUACGACCCUCCUUUGAAUACUGCUGUUUUGUCUUCUCUAAUAUGAAUAUCACAGACGAGAUAAGAGUAGAUGUUCAAAGACGUUUCACACGUCAACUACUAGGAUGUAACUCGAAUCUCGAUUACACAGAUAGAUGUAAGCAUCUAUCUUUAGAACCUUUAUGGCACCGUAUGCUAAAGAACAAUUUAAUAUUUCUCUACAAAGCGAUAUAUGGGCUCUCCUUUCUAACCUCCUGCCCGACUAUGACCCACGACCCAGCCUAUAGACUUAGAAACAACGCAUAUAUAUUACUUACCGUAAAACACCGAAAACAAAUGCGUUGUAAGUUUUUACAGUACGGUAUAGUUUAUUGUGUAACAGGCUGCCAAUGCCUAUCCGUAACUGUGAUACGCUUGCCAGAUUCAAAAAGCUAAUAACCCCAUUUCUAAACUCCAAAGAGCUCCAACAUUUCCUUGAACUCCCGCCCACCAAUGAGGCACUUUAUUACGAACCGCCUAGUAUCCAGAAAGAACAAGAUUAUAACAAGUUCGACUGUUACUAAUACGAAUAUAACCAAAUCACAGAAUAUAUGGCUUAUCCUUUCCUAUUAUUUAUUGUUUAUUAAUCGCCUCCAUUUGUCAGUUGUAUGUCCACUCACACCUUGUUACCACUUAUUUUGUUUAACCUAGUAAAAUGCCCCUUCUUAACAAAUACCUUAAUAAAAGAAAAUUAGACUGGGUAAUCAUACCUUAAACAUUCCUUCGUGAAUAUUGGCUACUCUGCCUCUCGUCCUUUCUUUUACUUGCUCCCUCUUUCAGCCCCAUUGUGAUAUGGAACGAAAGAUUUCAUCCUGCACCAUCCUCAAAGCCUUAGACAUUCCAAAGGGACAUAAGGUUGCGACAUUUAGAAGCUCCCACCUUCAAUGGACCUAUCAUUGACCAUCAGUUGCACAUUCGCAACGUUCAUGAAGCGCGCCAACUGCGAUACUGACUAAAACCAUCUACAUUCAUAUCUUAUAAAUUAUCAACCCAGCUAUGUAAUUUACUACAGUGGAUAUUGUAUC